AUGGCGAAUACAGACUCUCCACUACCGGAACCAGAGGGGAAAAUAGACCUCUCUACUUUACUGUUGGAGGAAGCAACUGUUGCUGCAAAAGAGGAAGCUAUAGAAGAUGCCUCCAGCAACAAGACUGGUGGCGCAUCUUCAUGUCAGGAUUUGUCAAGCAGCCUCGUAUGCCAAAAGAACCAGGAUAAUGCAUCUCCCAACGAGAAAGAAGUGGAGGCAGAAUUUCUGCGGCUGUCUCUUGGAUUCAAAUGUGACCUCUUCACUUUAGAGAAGAGAGUUAGACUUGAAGAACGAUCUCGGGAUCUCGCAGAAGGGUGCCUGAGGAAAGAAAUUGCUGGCGCCUUGAAACUACUUGAUUCGUUAGCCUCUCUAAGUGAAGAUAACCAGGUGCAGGAGAUAGUGAAGAAGCUGCAGAAGAAUCUGGACUUGCUGGAUCAUCAUGCCACCAGAAUCGCCAGCAAAGCAGAAAUGCUGGGAGCUGUUCAUCAGGAAAGCCGGGUCAGUAAGGCAGUAGAAGUGAUGAUUCAGCACGUGGAGAACUUAAAGCGUACAUACGCAAGAGAACACGCAGAAUUGGAAGAGCUGAAAGAGCUAUUACUCCAGAAUGAGAAGUCCUUCAGCUCUUUGGGGGACCGAGAUGACUCUUCAAUUAAAAAACUCUCUGGUUCCCUCAAGCCUUCAUCACUACGCAGAGUUAGCACUGCACCCAUGCCUAGGAACAGUAAUGGAAAUGCAAUCACUUUUUUGCAACUGGCGCAGAUGAACGAAGCGGAUGGAAACAACCGGCAUGAAAAAUUCAACAGGCGCUCGAGUUGGAGUGUCAGAGGAACCAAACAAGGAGAAAAACGGCACUCUUUACAGCGCCUCAUCAGCUCAACGUCCUGGACAGAAUCGGAGGAAGAACAACUCGAAUUAGAGGCUUCUCUUCAGGAACCGGCAGCUCCAGAGAUCCAGGGAGGUAAAGGACGAAAGUUGAGCGAAAAGGAAGCCAACACGACAAAAUGGAGCCUACGCUCACUGUGUACGAGAGUGUCUUCUUGGGCUCUUAGGACUUUCUUCUCCGGGAUUAGCAAAGCCGUCUGCGUCUCCGUCUUUGCCGUUGUGCUCUUUGCCAUCCUGAUAACUUUUGUCAUGGGAUUUUCCUUCCAUCAACCUGUGGAGGCCUCCCCCGAGGGCACUGGGACCGCUUGGACCUCUGUACAGAAAUUCUUGUGGCCAUACACGCGUCUCCUCCACCACGGACCCCCGCCUGUAUAAUUCAGCAGUAUUCAGAAUGGGUUUUGUUUUCUUUUUCUCUACUGCAUCUUGGCAACUCCUUAAGGUGGAUGGACUUCAGCUCCCAGAAUUCCCCUGGCCGGCUGGGGAAUUUUGGGAGUUGAAGUCCACCCACCUUAGAGUUGCCAAGGCUGGGAAACAAAACCCUCUUCUGGAGUCUGUUCAGCAUGUAGUCUUAAAUUGAAUAAUCAAGCAAUUUAGGUUUAUCCCAUUUUAAAUGUCUGACUGUAGAGAAAAUGGAAUUUUAAUGCAUCAUCUAAUAUUUCUGUUAAUAAUUCGGGACCAUGCCAUUCAGAAACAAAAUACGAUUCAUUCUUUUCCGGCCAAGGAAGUGGAUCUUCUGAACGAUUGCAACGCCUUAUUGUUUUUAAUUUUGUCCAUCGUUCUCUCCCCUCCCACCAACCCACCCCAAAUCUCACCAAAGAGCUUAUAGAAACAAAAUAUUUUUUUUAAAAAAAAACAAAUUUCAGGGCCCGUAGUCUAUCCAUAAAUGGCUUAUUUAUUUUUUUCUUUCUUUUUUUUAAAAAAAUGUCUGAAGCGUGAUUUCUUCCACCUCUUAGUUGACUGGAGUGUCUUUCAGCUCUAAUAAAGUUCUUAAAAAGCGG